UCCGGUCACGUGACUAGGGGAUGAGCUGAAUUAAUGCUGAGGCACGGAGCAGCCUGAACACACGGCUCUGAACACACGACGAACUGGAUGCUUACACUCUGAAUACCGGACCGCAAACCAUCGCCAUUACAUCUCUGAGAGGUCUACAUGAAAUAGCUGCUCCUCAUUUUGAAGCAGAAAGAUGAUUUCGCCGUGGGACAGAUGGUACACGACGAGCUGCUGCCUCUGUUGUCAUGUACGGACGGGCACCAUUAUCCUGGGAGUCUGGUACAUGCUCAUCAAUGCCGUGGUCCUGUUAAUCCUGCUGUCUGCUCUAAAUGACCCAGUGCAGUAUCACUACCACCUCACCAGUGCCGAACUCGGCACAGACUUGGAUGUCAUGGAUGAUGCAAACAUGUGCAUCGCUGCUGCAAUUUCCCUGCUGAUGAUAUUGAUUUGUGGCAUGGCGACUUACGGUGCUUACAAGCAACAUGCUGCUUGGAUUAUUCCAUUUUUCUGCUACCAAAUUUUUGACUUUGCGCUCAACACCCUGGUAGCAAUAAGUGUCAUGGUUUACCCGAACACCAUUCAGGACUACCUUGAGCAGCUGCCUGGGACUUUUCCGUACAAAGAGGACUUAAUGUCCACCAAUAACAUCUGCCUAGUGCUGGCGGUGCUCGUUUUCAUCGGCUGUAUUUUGGCCUUUAAGGCGUACCUGAUCGCCUGUGUGUGGAACUGCUACAGAUACGUUAGUGGAAGAGGCACCACAGAGGUCUUGGUUUAUGUCACCACUAACGAUACAACAGUGCUGCUCCCAUCCUAUGAAGAGGUUGUCGCAAUUCCGCCGAAGGAGCCUCCUCCUGAGUAAAUCUCAGCCCGAGACAGAUGUCAGACUUCUUCGGUUUCCUCCCCAAAUAUCCUCCAAAGAAAUGAUUUCUUCUGUCAGUGUUUCCUAUUUCCCCUCACUCAAACCUUCAACUUUUUUACUCUGUGACGUCUCUAUCCUUUGCUCCCUGAAGGCAGUAGUGUGACUUGCUCCUCCCUCUGCGAGUCUCCACAGCUUUCCUGGCAGCCCAGUGCUGUAUGUCAGCUCCAAUUUGGAUUUGCACUUUCAGCGGUCAGUGAUUAUGCACGACACUGACCUCCCCUUUUUGAAAUACUGUGAACUCCUCAGAACUGCCGCCGGCUACUGAAAUACCUGCCGUUUAAAUGUGGCAGGUGUAAUAAAACACGCGAGUUACUUAAGAGCACUUUUCCAACUGGCAGUUUUCCCAGGAACCCGAUGAAUGUGGCAGCCAGGGUAAUCUAUCUAUCUCCAAUAUUCUUCUUUAUAUUAACAGUGAAUUGUGAGAAAAGAUCCAGGAUGACCGAUCGACAGCAUCUUAAACAGGUUUAUUAAACACCAGUAGCCAAUAGUUAAGGCAAUUUCAAAAGUUUCAAAUAAUAAUAAUAAUACAUUUCAAACCAUUUCAUUGUGAUGGGUUAAAAGAAAUAUUUUGCAAGUAUUCCAAAUUCAAGAUCAGAAAAAUUACAUGUAUAUAGUCGCAAUUUUAUGAAGAAAAAAAAGAGAAAAAAAAUGUGAAAGUAAUCUUGUGAUUUUCACAACAUUAUCUUCAUUAUCUUUCAUCGGAAAAAAAAAAAAAAAAGAAGUGGCUAUUUCACACACUUCCCCAUAUUGCUGAUUUGUUUUAAACCCAUACAUCCAGUGGCUUCCGGUCCUAUGCAGAGUCACCACAUUGUUUUUGCACAUUAGUCUUAAUAAUUCAUGUUGUACGUUCUCUGAUAGAUACCGAAGGAAAGCUAGACUGUAUGUAGCACAGUAAUGUAGUAUUGAAUACGAAUAUGUGUGACGUGAAAAAAUCUCCUGAAGUCUUCCCUAGCUUAAUUCUGCUUAAGAUUCGAAAAGUUAUUUAAAGAGCUAUGCAACAACUAUGCAGAAUUGUCUUCGACUGUACUAUGUUUCAACACGGAGCACGUUCGUAUCGAUGCCUUAAACGAAGCCCGCAGACUUUGGUUCACUGCUCUGUCCUCUCGUUAGAUUAUUUCCCCUGGGAUUGGCAUUGUCCGCUCAUCAAUUAUUUAUAACGGUGUCACUUUUCUAGCUGAUUUCAGUCAUUAUUCAUUAAAAAGCUUUCCUCCUUGAUUUAUAUCACGCUCUCUGGAGCAAUGGAACGACGUUUGCUUAUUAGGAAAUGACAAAAAAAAAAGGGACUGAAAUCUUAUCACCAAACUACAGAUUUUUCGAUUUCUGCCAUAUUCUCUACAUCGAUCCCGUCUCUCAGAGUUCUGAAAGCACUGAAGUUGUCUGCUCGCUCCAGUUAAGUCUUCUAUACAGUAUAGCUUUGGAUUGAAAUGUAGUACCUGCAGUAACCAUUUUGCCAUCUUCUUGCCAUGAAUCAGAAUUCAAUCAUUUUUGUCCUGUGAUGUGUUUAUAGAUUCCUGAAAAUCUAACAUUAUAACCUGAUCCAAUCACCUUAAAUUUCUAAAUGUGUAAUAUGUUUGCUUAGGGAAAAAAUAAGAAAAAAAAAAGUUCAGUUCUGAAAUUUCUUACUGGUUUUUACUGUCGGUCGUAUGUUUUGUCUGUAACUGAGGUGAUUCGAACUCAACGUUCUAUCAGCUGCAAUAUUUGUACUGCACAGUUCUUAAAAUUAAAAAGAUUCUCAUGUUGA